AUGUCGGCCAUCGUUGCCUCCCUCACCACGCUCCCUCAACAAGAAACGCCAGUGACAAGUACAGGCGCGUCACCUAUCCCUCCUCCUGGUCCUCCUCCUCCUCCUCCCCCUCCUUCCGUCAAUGGUAACGGGCCCCCAUCGCAUCCCGGUCCACCACCAGCACCUCCCGCACCUCGUGCAACAGGCGUACCCACACCUCCAAGCCCUUCAAAGAAGAGACGCAACAGGGUCACUCUCUCCUGCAAAGAAUGUCAUAGACGCAAGCAGCAAUGUGAUCGGGGCAACCCUUGUUCACGCUGCGUCAAGCGGGGGAUGGCAGACAAGUGCGUGAUGGAG